AUGAUUCCGCAAAGGCCCUUGUUUCGACCUGCGCUCCGGCGUGAGCUGCUGCGCUGCCACACAGCUACGCGCCCGCCCUUCUUUGCCCCGGCACUCCUGGCAGCAUAUGCUCGGGUUCAGAACCGGCUGCCCGUGUCGCCCAGGCGGUGGGAGACCACCGGCGACGAGAAGACUGGGCAUAUCAAAGCUGCGGCCGAUGAGUCGAUCUUGUUCUUUGACAACCUCUUCCCCUUGAAGCUCAGCAGCUUCCUCAGCCGGCCAUGGAGGACCGACCAGGACCUGACCGAGCUCCUGAGGAGAUUUGAGAGCUCGACACUAGGCAUGAUGAAUCCGAUCAACAUGGUCAAGCGCGCUAUCCCGGGUGACCUACCCAUCAAAGUCACCGAGAUCGUCCCCAGGCUCAAAGACGGCGGCGCUUUUGUCAAAUUCAACCAUCCUGCCGACGUCACAGCAGCCGAGAUCGAAAGCAACUUGUCCCAGAGGCUCAGAGAAAAGCCACUGAAACCCUGGUUCAGCCCCUUCCGAGGUGUGCAGGCCGGGCUCGUAAACGGCGUGCCAUGGCUCGAGGAUCUCUACCGCUUUCCCAAGAGCCGGGUCAAGGUGGAGUUCGUCCCGUCAGAGCCCGGGAACGACGCCGUCGAGCUGUCACAGGAGGGCCUCUACAGCAUGUUCCGCAAGUACGGCAUGAUUGGCGAGAUCAUCUCACAGCCCUUCGACUCCAAGGCCGUACCCCGGUACGCCUACCUCGACUUUGUUCUUGUUCGCGACGCUAUCAUGGCCAGGAACUGCAUGCAUGGGUUCGUCGUCCCUGAAAGCCUCGGCGGCGGCAAGAACGGGACCAAAUUGCGGCUGUCCUACGAACAAAGAGUCAAGCCGCACCACAUCUGGGAGUGGCUCACUAGCCACCCCCGGAUUGUCAUCCCCAUCAUCGCCGCCCUUCUCGCAACCGUCACGGUGGCCAUCUUUGAUCCGAUCCGCGAGUUCUUCAUCAAGGCUCACGUCCAGCACUCGUUCAGGCUGAACAACUACCGAGUCUACCGCUGGUUCAAGAAGCAGACGUCGGACAUACUCGCGUUUGCGCGCAGGAAGGGCGAGGCGGCAGGCCUGAAUGCCUUGUGGACCCAUCGUAAAGACAUCAUCGACUCGGUCCAGGCAUGGCUUCUUGAAACGACCGACACCUUCAUUGUCGUCCAAGGUCCACGGGGCUCCGGGAAGAAGGAGCUCAUUGUGGAUCAGGCCUUGAAGGGCCGGCAUAAUGUCCUGGUCAUUGACUGCAAGCCUAUCGUGGAAGCUAGGGGUGAAAGCGGUACGAUCAAGAACCUGGCCCAGGCCGUCGGCUACCGACCCAUCUUUUCCUGGGCCAACAACUUGAGCAGUAUGAUUGAUCUUGCUGUUCAGUCAACCACGGGUGUCAAGGCUGGCUUCUCCGAGACUCUCGAGUCGCAGAUCUCAAAGAUCUUGCAGACCACGGCAGUCGCUCUCACAGACCUGGCGCUCUCCAGCCGCAAGAAGGACGACAAGGACGCGGGCAUGUCAGGAGACGCUUAUCUCGAGGCGCAUCCCGAGCGGAGGCCUGUCAUCGUCAUCGAUAAUUUCCUACACAAGAAUGAGGAGACCAGUCUCGUGUACGACAAGAUCACGGACUGGGCUGCCACGCUUGUGACGAACAACAUCGCUCAUGUCAUAUUCUUGACCAACGACAGCUCCUACUCCAAAUCACUCUCCAAGUCCCUGCCGGACCGCGUGUUCCGCCAAGUUGCCUUGGGAGACCUGUCGCCGGCCGUCGCCAAGAAGUACGUCUUGAGUCAUCUGGACGGCCUUGACAAGGAAGAGCUCGCAAAGGCACAGGCCGAAGGCGACGAGGCUGAGGAGGAGGGCGCGGCCGAGAAGCAGCUACCGCUGCGCACGCCGGAGCAGCGGCGCAGCGACCUGAGAGAGCUGGACGACUGCAUCGACACCCUCGGCGGCCGCCUGACCGACCUGGAGUUCCUCGCCCGCCGCCUCAAGACUGGCCAGACGCCCAAGCGCGCCGUCGCCGAGAUCGUGGAGCAGUCCUCGUCCGAGAUCAUCAAGAUGUUCCUGCUGAUCGGCAACAGGAGCGCGGGCGGCAGCGGCGCGGACCGCAAGUGGUCCCCCGAGCAGGCCUGGUACCUGAUCAAGGAGCUCGCGGACAAGGAGUCGCUGCGGUACAACGAGGUCCUCCUGUCCAACACGUUCGCGUCGUCGACCACGGCCGCGGCCGCCGACGGCGAGCUCGCGCUCGAGUCGCUCGCCAACGCCGAGCUCAUCAGCAUCCGGUCGCACCGCGGGCGGCCCAUGACCAUCGGCGCCGGCAAGCCCGUCUACCAGGCCGCCUUUGGCCAGCUGCGCGGCGACGCCGUGCUGCGCGCCCGCAUGGAGCUCGCCCUGCUGGCCGAGCUGGCCAAGGUCGAGGCCAAGACCAUCGACAAGGCCGAGGCCGAGCUCGCCCUCCUGGGCGCCCUGCCGCGGCAGCCCGCGCAGGCCGCCGAGCGCGUCGGCUACCUGCUCGCCAAGCUGCAGGGGAGCCAGGCCAAGAUUGCGGCCUACGAGCUCGAGAUGGCCGGCAUGAAGGAGAUCUUGACAAAGGAGGCGUGA